CCUGCUCUCCGGCGGAGCUGCGUGAGGCCCGGCCGGCCCCGGCCCCCCCCUUCCGGCCGCCCCCGCCUCCUGGCCCACGCCUGCCCGCGCUCUGCCCACCAGCGCCUCCAUCGGGCAAGGCGGCCCCGCGUCGACGCCGCCCGCUGCCUCGCUGCUGACUCCCGUCCCGGGCGCCGUCCGCGGGGUCGCGCUCCGCCGGGCCUGCGGAUUCCCCGCCGCCUCCUCUUCAUCUACCUCAACUCCCCCAUCCCCGCUUCGCCCGAGGAGGCGGUUCCCCCCGCAGGCAGUCCGGCUCGCAGGCCGCCGGCGUUGUCACCCCCCCCCGCGCUCCCCCUCCAGCCCUCCCCCCGGCGCGCAGCCUCGGGCCGCUCCCCUUUCCGCGCUGCGUCCCGGAGCGGCCCCGGUGCCGCCACCGCCUGUCCCCCUCCCGAGGCCCGGGCUCGCGACGGCAGAGGGCUCCGUCGGCCCAAACCGAGCUGGGCGCCCGCGGUCCGGGUGCAGCCUCCACUCCGCCCCCCAGUCACCGCCUCCCCCGGCCCCUCGACGUGGCGCCCUUCCCUCCGCUUCUCUGUGCUCCCUGCGCCCCUCUUGGCGUCUGGCCCCGGCCCCCGCUCUUUCUCCCGCAACCUUCCCUUGGCUCCCUCCCGUCCCCCCCAGCUCCUAGCCUCCGACUCCCUCCCCCCCUCACGCCCGCCCUCUCGCCUUCGCCGAACCAAAGUGGAUUAAUUACACGCUUUCUGUUUCUCUCCGUGCUGUUCUCUCCCGCUGUGCGCCUGCCCGCCUCUCGCUGUCCUCUCUCCCUCUCGCCCUCUCUUCGGCCCCCCCCUUUCACGUUCACUCUGUCUCUCCCACUAUCUCUGCCCCCCUCUAUCCUUGAUACAACAGCUGACCUCAUUUCCCGAUACCUUUUCCCCCCCGAAAAGUACAACAUCUGGCCCGCCCCAGCCCGAAGACAGCCCGUCCUCCCUGGACAAUCAGACGAAUUCCCCCCCCCCCAAAAAAAGCCAUCCCCCCGCUCUGCCCCGUCGCACAUUCGGCCCCCGCGACUCGGCCAGAGCGGCGCUGGCAGAGGAGUGUCCGGCAGGAGGGCCAACGCCCGCUGUUCGGUUUGCGACACGCAGCAGGGAGGUGGGCGGCAGCGUCGCCGGCUUCCAGACACCAAUGGGAAUCCCAAUGGGGAAGUCGAUGCUGGUGCUUCUCACCUUCUUGGCCUUCGCCUCGUGCUGCAUUGCUGCUUACCGCCCCAGUGAGACCCUGUGCGGCGGGGAGCUGGUGGACACCCUCCAGUUCGUCUGUGGGGACCGCGGCUUCUACUUCAGCAGGCCCGCAAGCCGUGUGAGCCGUCGCAGCCGUGGCAUCGUUGAGGAGUGCUGUUUCCGCAGCUGUGACCUGGCCCUCCUGGAGACGUACUGUGCUACCCCCGCCAAGUCCGAGAGGGACGUGUCGACCCCUCCGACCGUGCUUCCGGACAACUUCCCCAGAUACCCCGUGGGCAAGUUCUUCCAAUAUGACACCUGGAAGCAGACCACCCAGCGCCUGCGCAGGGGCCUGCCUGCCCUCCUGCGUGCCCGCCGGGGUCACGUGCUCGCCAAGGAGCUCCAGGCGUUCAGGGAGGCCAAGCGUCACCGUCCCCUGAUUGCUCUACCCACCCAAGACCCCGCCCACGGGGGCGCCCCCCCAGAGAUGGCCAGCAAUCGGAAGUGAGCAAAACCGCCGCAAGUCUGCAGCCCGGCGCCACCACCCUGCAGCCUCCUCCUGACCACGGACGUUUCCAUCAGGUUCCAUCCCGAAAAUCUCUCGGUUCCACGUCCCCCUGGGGCUUCUCCUGACCCAGUCCCCGUGCCCCGCCUCCCCGAAACAGGCUACUCUCCUCCGCCCCCUCCAUCGGGCUGGGGAAGCACAGCAACAUCUUCAAACGUGUACAAAAUCAAUUGGCUUUAAACACACUUCACACACCCUCCCCCCAAAUUAUCCCCAAUUAUCCCCACACAUAAAAAAUCAAAACAUUAAACUAACCCCCUUCCCCCCCCACAACAACCCUCUUAAAACUAAUUGGCUUUUUAGAAACACCCCACAAAAGCUCAGAAAUUGGCUUUAAAAAAAAAACAACCACCAAAAAAAAAUCAAUUGGCUAAAAAAAAAAAAGUAUUAAAAACGAAUUGGCUGAGAAACAAUUGGCAAAAUAAAGGAAUUUGGCACUCCCCACCCCCCUCUUUCUCUUCUCCCUUGGACUUUGAGUCAAAUUGGCCUGGACUUGAGUCCCUGAACCAGCAAAGAGAAAAGAAGGGCCCCAGAAAUCACAGGUGGGCAUGUCGCUGCUACCGCCAUCUCCCUUCUCAUGGGAAUUUUCAGGGUAGACUGGCCAUCCGAAAAUAGCAACAACCCAGACUGGCUCCUCACUCCCUUUUCCAUCACUAAAAAUCACAGAGCAGUCAGAGGGACCCAGUAAGACCAAAGGAGGGGAGGACAGAGCAUGAAAACCCAAAUCCAUGCAAAUGAAAUGUAAUUGGCACAACCCCCACCCCCAAAUCUUACAUCUCAAUUCCCUUCCUAAAAAGCACUCAUACUUUAUGCAUCCCCGCAGCCACACACACACAACACACAGCACACACGAGCACACAGCACACACACGAGCACACAGCACACACACAGCACACACAGGCACACACAGCACACAUGCACACAGCACACACACGCAUGCACAGCAGACACAUGAACACAGCACACACAUGCACACACAGCACACACACGCACAGCACACACAUGAACACAGCUCACACACACAUGCACACAUAGCACACACGCAUGCGCAGCAGACACACGAACAGCACACACAGCACACACACAAACACACAGCACACACAUGCACACACAGCACACACGCACGCACAGCACAUACAUGAACGCAGCUCACACAGCACACAAACACGCAGCACACACGUGCACACGCAAGCACCCACCUGCACACACACAUGCGCACACACGCACACCCCCACACAAUUGGAUGAAAACAAUAAGCAUAUCUAAGCAACUACGAUAUCUGUACGGAUCAGGCCAAAGUCCCGCUAAGAUUCUCCAAUGUUUUCAUGGUCUGAGCCCCUCUCCUGUUCCCAUCUCCACUGCCCCUCGGCCCUGUCUGUGCCCUGCCUCUCAGAGGAGGGGGCUCAGAUGGUGUGGCCUGAGUGUGCGGCCGGCGGCGUUUGGGAUACACCCGUAGGGUGGGCGCGGUGUGUCCCAGGCCUAAUUCCAUCUUUCCACCAUGACAGAGGUGCCCUUGUGAGGCUGGCCUCCUUGGCGCCUGUCCCCACGGCCCCCGCAGUGUGAGCCACGAUACUCCCCAUACCCCACCCAUUCCCGAUACACCGUACUUACUGUGUGUUGGCCCAGCCAGAGUGAGGAAGGAGUUUGGCCACAUUGGAGAUGGCGGUAGCUGAGCAGACAUGCCCCCACGAGUAGCCUGACUCCCUCGUGUGCUCCUGGAAGGAAGAUCUUGGGGACCCCCCCCCACCGGAGCACACCUAGGGAUCAUCUUUGCCCAUCUUCUGGGGACCCCCCAAGAAAUGUGGAGUCCUCGGGGGCCGUGCACUGAUGCGGGGAGUGUGGGAAGUCUGGCGGUUGGAGGGGUGGGUGGGGGGCAGUGGGGGCUGGGCGGGGGGAGUUCUGGGGUAGGAAGUGGUCCCGGGAGAUUUUGGAUGGAAAAGUCAGGAGGAUUGACAGCAGACUUGCAGAAUUACAUAGAGAAAUUAGGAACCCCCAAAUUUCAUGUCAAUUGAUCUAUUUCCCCUCUUUGUUUCUUGGGGCAUUUUUCCUUUUUUUUUUUUUGUUUUUUUUUUUUAUUACCCCUCCUUAGCUUUAUGCGCUCAGAAACCAAAUUAAACCCCCUCCCUAUGUAACAGGGGGGCAGUGACAAAAGCAAGAAUGCACGAAGCCAGCCUGGAGACCACCACGUCCUGCCCCCCGCCAUUUAUCGCCCUGAUUGGAUUUUGUUUUUCAUCUGUCCCUGUUGCUUGGGUUGAGUUGAGGGUGGAGCCUCCUGGGGGGCACUGGCCACUGAGCCCCCUUGGAGAAGUCAGAGGGGAGUGGAGAAGGCCACUGUCCGGCCUGGCUUCUGGGGACAGUGGCUGGUCCCCAGAAGUCCUGAGGGUGGAGGGGGGGGUGGGGCAGGGUCUCCUCAGGUGUCAGGAGGGUGCUCGGAGGCCACAGGAGGGGGCUCCCGGCUGGCCUGAGGCUGGCCGGAGGGGAAGGGGCUAGCAGGUGUGUAAACAGAGGGUUCCAUCAGGCUGGGGCAGGGUGGCCGCCUUCCGCACACUUGAGGAGCCCUCCCCUCUCCCUCGGUGACAUCUUGCCCGCCCCUCAGCACCCUGCCUUGUCUCCAGGAGGUCCGAAGCUCUGUGGGACCUCCUGGGGGCAAGGUGGGGUGAGGUCGGGGAGUAGGGAGGUCAGGCGGGUCUGAGCCCACAGAGCAGGAGAGCUGCCAGAUCUGUCCAUCGACCAGGUUGCUUGGGCCCCGGAGCCCGCGGGUCUGGUGAUGCCGUAGCAGCCACCACCGCGGCGCCUAGGGCUGCGGCAGGGACUCGGCCUCUGGGAGGUUUACCUCGCCCCCACUUGUGCCCCCAGCUCAGCCCCCCUGCACGCAGCCCGACUAGCAGUCUAGAGGCCUGAGGCUUCUGGGUCCUGGUGACAGGGCUGGCAUGACCCCGGGGGUCGUCCAUGCCAGCCCGCCUCAGUCGCAGAGGGUCCCUCGGCAAGCGCCCUGAGAGUGGGCCAUUCGGAACAUUGGACAGAAGCCCAAAGAACCAAAUUGUCACAAUUGUGGAACCCACAUUGGCCUGAGAUCCAAAAUACUUCGAGGCACCCCAAAUUACCUGCCCAUUCGUCAGGACACCCACCCACCCAGUGUUAUAUUCUGCCUCGCCGGAGUGGGUGUUCCCGGGGGCACUUGCCGACCAGCCCCUUGCGUCCCCAGGUUUGCAGCUCUCCCCUGGGCCACUAACCAUCCUGGCCCGGGCUGCCUGUCUGACCUCCGUGCCUAGUCGUGGCUCUCCAUCUUGUCUCCUCCCCGUGUCCCCAGUGUCUUCAGUGGGGGGCCCCCUCUUGGGUCCCCUCCUCUGCCAUCACCUGAAGACCCCCACGCCAAACACUGAAUGUCACCUGUGCCUGCCGCCUCAGUCCACCUUGCGGCCCGUGUUUGACUCAACUCAGCUCCUUUAACGCUAAUAUUUCCGGCAAAAUCCCAUGCUUGGGUUUUGUCUUUAACCUUGUAACGCUUGCAAUCCCAAUAAAGCAUUAAAAGUCAUGA